AUGAGCGACUGGGCCUGCUCAGUCUGCCAGAAGGCCGUGCCGCUCCCUGCCCUCAUCUGCACCAUGUGCACCGAGACCCCGACCUACGACUGCGACACCAAAUGCCGCGACCGCCAUCAGACCCGCCAAAUCGUCUACCGUACUGGCGCCUUGCGUCAGGGCAUCUUCUACGCGUUCCGGGAAGUCGCUUUCGACAUCAAGAUCAAGAAGGUCGAGAAGAUCGGCGGCAAACUGCACGUCUACGAAGAUUCGUACACCGAUGACAAGAAUGACGGGCCCCUGUACCGGUUCCCUGCACAUAUGCUCCCCGACGACGAAGACAAGGCGAAGCUGCUCGUCUUCUCUGCUUGCAAUGACGCCUUUGCGUACACUUUCGAGCUGGCGGCGACGCUCCUGCGAGACAUCAGCGCCACGAUCGAAGAAGUCAACAUCGACAACGUGAACCGCAACGACACCAUCGUCAAGUACGUCUCGACUGGAAUAGUUGACGGGACGCCAUACGGCCACAACGCGAUCAUCGUGGACAUCAAGCCUGAACUCGGCGGCAAAUCCUACGCCUUCGACCUUGCUGGCGCCCAAAAUGGCCAGUUGCAUGCUGUGGUCCCCUUCGGCGAGUUUGCGAACAAGGGAGGCGAGGUCAUCAGCCAGAUCCAUCCACACGGCUACUUCAGAGACCUCGGCGAGCGGAUUCGACAGGGAAAGCAAAGCAUGCUGGAGACCCGCGAACCCCGCGUCUAUCACGUUCAGCACAACAUUCAUCAGCGCAUGCUCGCGGCUGUCAAAGAGUGGGAGGGCGAGAACAAGACCAGUCUGCGGAAACUCGUGCGUAGCACUUCGAAGGGCUUCAUCGACGGCAAGGCGUCGCUGCUUGCGAGGGUCAGCACCGAGAUGAAGGCGUCUGUCGUCAAGUGGGAGCAGGAGGGACGCCACCUCGAGCCAUUCACUCCUUUGGUUGUGUCAUUCGCCCAGCUCCUUACUGAGAAGGUGGAGGAGUGUACGGUGAAGCCUCAAGGAGGCGGGUCUCGCGCGUAUCGGAGAUUUCAGGCAGACAAGAAGCGGCGCGGUCGUUUUCCGGCGUCCAUGAAGGAGUUCACGACUGCAGAAGGCACGACUUUCAAGUUCUUGUGA